AUGGCUAAGCACAUUCACCGCCUUAACCGCACCAAACUACUCAUCACACCCUCUUCACAAGAACAUUACCCAAUGAAGAACCAUCCCUAUCCUAAACUAGUACGCAUACGUGUCACCGACGCUGACGCCACUGACUCCUCCAGCGACGAAGACCAACCCUCCGUGUCCUCCACGCGCCGCCGACUCAAAAACUUCGUCAACGAAAUUAUAAUCGACUCCUGCGACAACCAUGGCGCUGGUGUUGUUUCCCGGAGGAGAAGCAGGAACAAGUGUAACAAAGGCGUGUCUCCGGCGACUCGGCGGCAACCUGGAAUAUGCUCCGGGAAGAAAUUCCGGGGAGUGAGACAGAGGCCGUGGGGGAAGUGGGCGGCGGAGAUAAGAGACCCGUCCCGCCGCGUGCGGUUGUGGCUGGGAACUUACGAUACCGCCGAAGAAGCCGCCAUUGUGUAUGACAACGCGGCCAUUCAGCUUCGUGGCGCCGACGCGCUCACCAAUUUCAUAACGCCGCCGGCGGAGAAUAAAAAGUCCGGUUACAAUUCCGGCGAGGAAUCUCGGAACAACGACUUGCAUUCCCCCACUUCGGUUCUUCGGUGUCGUUCGUAUUCGGAGGAAGUUGAGUCCGUUACUGCGAGAGACGAUGUGGUUGAUCCGGCUAGUGAGUGUGAAUAUUCGUGCGUUUCGGAAGAUAAGUUGAAGUCGGAGUCAAUAUUUCCGAUUCCGAGCGAUUCAGUGUUUGACUUCGAGAGCACGUUGGAUAUGUUCGACGACGUCGUUAAUGUGCCGGAAAGUAUCUUCUUCGCUGACGAUUUUGUGAGUUUGGAUUUUGGGUUCGGAAAUUGGCAUAGCGAGUGUGAUAAUUUCCAAGAUAUUGGGGAUUUGUUUGUUUCGGAUCCCCUUUUAGCUCUUUGA